AUGGGGAAGCUCCCCACGACCCUCCUUCGUCGACCCUCGCUCCCCGCGGGUUGCCUUCAAACAUUCUCGACCUCAAGCAGUAGCCAUACACCAAUUUCGCUUCCUCUUCAAUCUUCCUCAGUCCUCCCAACUACUAUCUCAUCAAUAAAAAUCUCCCCGACUCAGGUCCGACAUGCGACCUUCAUCCCGCGGCCACGCCGGCCGUACAUGUUCACCCAACUCGUGCAGCUGAGCGACGGCUCGACCUUCACAAUCCGCACCACCUCCCCGCAGGCGCUGUACAAGUCAACCAAGGACAGCCGCAAUCACAUUCUCUGGCAGCCGAACAACAAACAGCUACGCAACAUCGAGGUCGACGAGGCCGGCAAGCUGGCUGCCUUCCGUGGGCGCUACGGCACUCACUGGGAUCUAGACGGUGGGCGCGGUGCCGCCGAGGCCGCUGCUAAGGCUGCUGAGGAGGCCAAGGCCGCUGCUGACGCCGCUGAGAGGCAGGAGAAGACGGAGGGCAAGGCUCCUCAGCAGAGUGACGUGACCGAGAAGCCUACUGCCCAGGUCAAGCCAGCAGAGACUACAGAGAAGAAGGCAUCGGCCGCGGCUGCUGCUGCCGUUACUUCUAGUCCUGCUGCGCCGGCUCAGGAGGAUCUCUUCGAAUCAUUCGCUGAUCUGCUGAGUGCGUAUGCGGUCGAGGAUCAAAAUGUCAAGGGCGGCUUGAGCGCGAAGGACCAGGCUAGGAAGGAUAAAUCAUCAAAGAAGAAAUAA